CAGUGUAGAUUCUGAUGGUUCCAGUGAAGGAUCUGAAAGUACCUCAGGGGGAUCGGGAGACAGCGAUGACGUUGAGCCAGACGAUGAGGAUGAGGUGGUUCGUGGGGCUGAACCAUAUAGAUUCGAGCCACUGGCAAGACCACGCCAACAGCAAGGUGACGCUGCUGCUGCUGACGACGCCGACCCCGAUGAAGAACAAGAUGGGAAUGACCAAGCUGCCAACAACGAACGAUUGAACAAUACCGACUGGUGUUCCUGUGGUAAAUGUGUGGUGAUGGAGUUCGUUCAUAACUGCAUUUGCUGUAAAGAGAUUGCAGCCAUACAGGAGAAAAUCGUUCAUACUGGAGUCGACACUGAGGGUUUCAGAUGUUUUACAGACCAUCCCUGGUAUUCGGCUACAUGUCUGAACCCCGGAACACUAGAGACAGCGUACUAUGCGUACCGACAACAGUAUGGGGCUAGAGCUGUUGAAGGUGACCUUCCACGAAAGUACAGACAUGUGUCUUAUCCGCAGGUGAUCAGGUGGUGUUAUGGUUACCUUGGAAGACACAGCAGAGUGCCCCUCCCAGCAUGCAUAAUGGAGAUAACCAGAACGACUUUCCCCGAUGAAGGAGGCAACUAUGAAGGGUUUAGAUUUCCUGACCUUGAUGACAUGUAGAUUUACAAUAUAAUAACACAUAACUGGAUGUCAGUAACACUUUUACAUGGUUUAGGAGUAAAUAUACACUUUACAAUGUAAAUAUGAUGAUAGUCUUUCAAAAAUGAGUCUGAACGGUCAAGCGUUUUACAAAA